AAAUGAUAAUCCAGUUAUUAUGGAAACUAUCAAUAAUGCAAAUUAAAAUGAAAAAAUAAUCAAAGCUAAAUUUAAUUUUAAGAUCCUUAUUUUAUUCCUGACUCAAUAAUUGAAAAGCCAAAAUAAAAUGAUAAUUAAUAGAAACAGAAUGAUGAAGUAUUUUUAUUGUUGAAAUUAUAAAUUAUGAAGGAGAAGGCAAGAAGUUUAAUUUAAUAAGAAGGAGAGAAGAAGUUGAUGUAGUAAAUUAGAGAAGAAGUAGUAAGUUAAAUAAAUAUUUCUUCAACUAAUUAAUAGGUUGGAUAGAGUAGCAUUUCCGGUCCAAAUCCAUUCACGG